UGUAACUAUGACAACGAAAUAAUAAUGACGCUUUUGUAGUGGUGUUUUUGAUGUACAAAGUGUAAAACAGAAUUUGUGUCUGCGAGUAAAGGCCAGUAGUAAGGUCUGCCACUAACAUAUUAUCUGUUAAUGGAGCAGAGAAGUGUUUUUAAUAUUCGGAGGUUGGCCUGAGAUACUGUAAGCCUUUGAGACUUUUCGUAAAAUGGGACCCUCAUUAGAGGCCUGACAACGGUGUUUUAACGUCAAUAUGAGCGCUGCAGAAAUAGACGAGCAUAUCUCAAAGAGAUAUGACAUCAAAAGGAGGUUAGGAAAAGGCGCAUAUGGAAUAGUAUGGAAAGCAAUUGACAGAAGAAACAAUGAAAUUGUUGCCGUGAAGAAAAUAUAUGAUGCAUUCCGAAAUCAAACAGAUGCUCAGCGGACAUUCAGAGAAAUCAUGUUCCUACAAGAAUUUGGAAAUCACCCAAAUGUUGUAAAGCUUCGCAGUAUACACCGUGCUGUAAAUAAUAAUGAUAUUUACCUAGUUUUUGAGUACAUGGAUGCUGACUUGCAUAGUGUGAUCAGACGAGGUACCAUUUUGAAGGAUAUCCACAAACGCUUCAUCAUGUACCAGUUGCUCAAAGCCACAAAGUAUAUCCAUUCUGGAAAUGUUAUUCAUCGUGACCAGAAACCAUCCAAUAUUCUGCUAAAUUCUGAUUGUAUCUGCAAAAUAGCAGACUUUGGACUAGCACGCUCCGUGGCACAACUGGGAUCCACAUGUAAUGGCUCAGGUGAACAGAUAGCAGAUCCAGCACUCACCGACUAUGUGGCCACUCGUUGGUAUCGGGCUCCUGAAAUACUUAUUGGCUCAAAAUGGUACACUCAGGGAAUUGAUAUGUGGAGCCUAGGGUGUAUUCUUGCAGAAAUGUUCUUAGGGAAGCCUCUAUUUCAAGGCACAUCUACCAUCAAUCAAAUAGAGCUUAUAAUGGCCACCAUACCUCCGCCUACACCAGAAGACAUAAGAAGUAUUUGUUCAAGUUACGGAAGCUCACUUCUGCAGAAAAGACCAGUUGUCCCUCGCCAUUCACUAGAAGAUAUGCUACAUAAUGCACCAUUGGAUGGAAUUGAUCUUGUCUAUAAAUUACUUGUCUUCAAUCCAUAUAAACGACUCACAGCUGCACAAGCACUUCAACACAUUUACGUGCAAAGAUUUCAUUGUGAAGCAAGUGAACCAGUUUUGAGCCAUGUGGUAAUGCCACCUCUUCGAGAUGAUGUUCAGCUAUCAGUUGAUGAGUAUCGCAAUAAGCUGUAUGAACUGAUGUCUGUGGGAACAAAAGCUCAUAUUAAACACAUUAGGGUUAACCAUGGUAACAGGGCACAGAAGUUUUCUGAGCAGGGGCAGAUUCGACAUAUCUAUCAGCCUAGCACUUGGAUACAUGGAGUACAUGAUAAUCAUUCAAAGAAAGGAAGACAUGUGUCUGCUGAGUUGUUAACUGUUCAUUCUGUGCCAGCUCAUUGUACAGUAUCUGUGCCAAUAAGCCAUCUUGUGCCUGCUCAGUCGGAUGUGAAUCUGCAUGGCCAUGUCGCUGUGCCAGUUACACAGGGUAAGAAAUCAAAACUGUUAACUCGUGGACUGCAUCACCAGCCGGUUUUUCUUCCAUAUGCUGCUGAUAUGGUUCAACAAGCAACUGGUGAUUCUUCUAGCCAGCAGCAUGUUGAGCAAUCGAAACUUGUUGGGAAAUGUUCUCAAUCCAAGGCAGAUACAGUACUGCCUCCUCACAGUAGAAGCUGCAAACAGAGACUGAGUCACAAACAAGAGAUGCUUCAGAAUCAAAAGCAAUAUAGUCAUGUUGAAACAAUGUCAUUUAACAGUUUCAGUCACAGUCAUGGUAUUGUGACAGCUUCUGCACUUCUUGAGUUACGUCCAACUGUUCGGUGGUAAGAACAAAUAACGUUUCAGAAUUGUGUAUGUAAGAAUACAGAAUUACAGUGAUAGCCAUUACUAUGCUGUUCAAUAAAUAACUGAUAUUCAUCAUUUGGAACUGGUCUUAUGUUGUCACAAAGGAUAAUACACUGAACAAAAUUUAACUGUCAGAAAGUUUGCCAUGGUAAUGCUAUUUUAAUAUCAAACAUUGUAUGUUCCUCUGUACAGCAAAACAGAUGCAAGACUGUUUUUUCAUUGCCUGGAAUUGAAAAAUACAGUUUAUUGGCUCAAUUAACUUAACACCAGUCGAGUAAUGUUAAAUACUACACUUAUACUUUCUUCAUAGUAACAGAAUUCUCAGACACCAUGGUAAAAUCUAGUCUGAAUAAAACAGUAUUUUAAUAGAAUACACUUUAUAGUAAAGCUUUAGGUAAGUAUUCUAUUUAAAAUAUUUGAUCCAAGAAGUUGGUAAUCUACCUCAAUGUUAAAAUAAUAGUUUCAUAAACUUGUCUUUAUCAGAAGGUACCCAGAAUAUGAUUAUAUCAAUCUUCUUUUGAUAAGGAAAAUGUUAUAUUAUUAAUAUGUAGCUAGUGCUAAAUAUUUGCCUUAGUACUUACAAAGUUAUUGUUUGGUUGUAUACCAUUUGAUAUUACAUAUUUAGGAUGUUAUGAAUUAUUUAUAAAAAUGUGGUAUGUUUGAUUUAUGUUAUGCCAGGUAUCUUGUUUACUAGGUGAUUAGUCUGAAUUGCCCAAAGAUUUUUUAUAGUUUUGCUGUUUUGUUGGUUGACUAAAUGUCAAUUAUAGAAUUAUUUGUCAUUUUAUGUGAUUAUUUUUACAUAAAUUUGUUAGUGCUGUGUAUUUAUAAAAUACACUUUUAUGAAUUAUUUUAAAACACUUUAUUGACAUUGAUUUUUAUAUUUUAUUGCAUUAUUUUUAUUUGAAAUUUUAGUGCUUUUUCUUAAAUAAUAAUUGUGUGAAUUGAAAUUCUUGGGGAACAUUCUAAUUUAUUAGAAAUAUUUCCAAUUGAGAUACAACUGUUUGGAUAAUUGUAUUUGAUUACUCUGAGAACAACUGAAAUUUAUUUUAUGUGUGGAGUUUAAAGAAUAAAAAUACGAAUUGACAAUAACAAUGUGACACUGGAAUGUAACUUUAACAAGGUUACAUUGUGUUCCUAAUGUUUCAGUUCUUUUGUUGAUUUUAUGUGUAGUUUUCAGCCUGAAAUUUAUUUACUUAAAUGCAAGGAUAGGUCAUAACAUUCUGGGAUUGAUUUUUGCUGUUGAUAUGAAAAGUCACAGGCCUGCCUAUUAAUCAUAUUUAUCCCCUUCAUAGUACUCUUUUUAUGACUGGACACAAUAAUUUAGUGGCAUUGCCAGUUGCUAAAACGCUUCUGAUAUUCUUCCAGAUAUUGUUCAAUUUCUACAUUCCACUUUGAACAUUGACAGCACCCUCUUAAAUAUUUUUCCCUUUUGCUUACUUUUCAGUGUUGAAACAAAAAAAGUUAGUAGGUGCUAUAGCCUGUGAAUAGAGUGGGGGAGAGUUAGCUGGAACAUUGUGAUGAUUCAGUGUAUACUGAUAAUGGAUGUCCAUGGUGUGAACCAUCUUCAGUGAAAAUUCUGUCCUUUUUCAUUUGAUUAGUAUGUUCUAGUGCAACUGUCAACUUCUCCAUACAUAGAUUAUAUAGGUUUUAUUCUUGUAGCCAUAAGUUCAAUUUUCAUGCAGAAUUUGGGUCAUGCACCUUGUUUUGUCAUAGUAAUUUCACAGUGUGAAUAUCACUAUGAACCACAUGUACAUGACAGAGUGUUUCCUCACACAGAGCAAUGUCUUUGACCUCCAGGGUAGAGUCAAACAGUUGUUUACAACAUAUGUGGUUUACUGUUCCUUUAGUUUGUGCAGUAGGAUCAGUCCUGGAAUUUUAUGAUCAGCUAUCUUACACAAAAGAGUGCAGUAUAUGUUAAUAGAAAUAUGCAGCGAUCUCAUUGGAGGGUCUUUAUUAAAAAUUAAAUCCAUGGCAUAACAGCUCCAGAGAGCCAAAGCCGACUAGCUGACUGCUGGCCUCACGUUCACAUGCCUAAGCAGAGGUGAAUGAUCAUCCAACCAGAUAUCGGGUGACGUGUGGUCAGCACAACGAACCCCCAGCCAUUGCUAACUUUCAAGGGUCUUUAUUAGGUGCCCUAAAAUUCAGUGAAUGGUAUUUAAAUUAAAUGCUUGGAGUGUAAUUUUAUACACUAUUAAUCAAAGUAAUUCAUGAAGAAUAUAGGAUAUUCUAGCUAUUGUGUAUCAAAAAUAAGGUUGGAUGAAUGCACAAAAGAAAAAAUAUACGGAUUGUAAUUUGCAGUUAUCAUUUCAUGGUAUGAAUAAGGAAAUAUUACAUAUGAAUGAGACAUGUGAAGUUUUUACAUUAUGAAUAAGCAAUGAUAUAUACUUUAUAUUUUACUUCAUGGAAAUCCAUACUUCUAUACUUAAGUGAAAUUAGAUUGUAAUGUUUGAAAUACAAAUUUUUAAAAGUCAGUGUUCUUUGAAUAAAUUAAUUUUGAUUUACUAGUAUAAACAGGUGACAUUCUCAUUAGAAGGGCAAAGAAGAUGUCAUUUAGGAUUAUAUAUAUAAAAUGAGACAGUGAGAAUAUGAUGAUAUGUAUACACAAUAGGUUAAGAUGAUUAUACUUUAUUAUAAGGCUGCAUUGUAUCUUGGUACUGAAAUGGUUAUUCCAUAUUGUAUGUUGCAUGCAUGUGAUAAGUAGAUGGAUGUGUUAUUGAUAACAUUGAUAUUUCUGCUUUGUAGGUUUAUUUUUUCUUUUCCCUUCACAUAAUUUAAAGGAGCAUUAUGACACUGAUACAGGGCUUAUAAAUAAUUGCAUAUCUUGAAUGGAACAAAAAUUGUCUCAUGUGAGUAUGUUUACCAUGUAAUUUCUUCUAUGGAUUAGAGCUUUAUAUGUAAUGUUUUAUAAAGGCCAGUGACUAAUACAAGUAAGUAAAAUGUCUUUGGUAAUUUGUAAAAUUGUAUGUGAAGUUAAUAUGCAUAGUUGUUGUUUAUUGGCUCUACAACCCAGUUGUGGGCUUUUGCCGCCUCGUUUUCGGAGGUUUCUUGGUCUUGAAGUGUGCAUUUAAGAGUAGUGAGUGACCAGCCCACUGUCUGCACAAUUUCUACUCAAUCCUGAGUUGACUGCCAGAGUCAUGUAGCAGUUAGUCAGGAGACUUGGGUGCAAAAUGGCUGCUGAAUUUUGCUUAUGAAACAUCAAUGUGCAUAGUCUAUUUAUUAAAUUGAUUUUCAUCCUUGUUUUGUGAAUUUUUGGCAGUAUUUUGCUCUGAAUUUUGAUAAAGUUAAUAAAACUUCUUGCUUUUAUUUAACUUACA